AUGGGGAACUGUCUGACUGUGGGGCCGAACGAAGCUCUGGUGGUCUCCGGUGGCUGUUGUGGCUCUGAUAUAAAGACCUACGUGGUGGGAGGCUGGUCCUGGGCGUGGUGGCUCAUCUCGGACACUCAAAGGAUAACUCUGGAGAUCAUGACUCUGCAGCCUCGCUGUGAGGAUGUGGAGACAGCAGAGGGCGUCGCCAUCACCGUCACAGGUGUGGCUCAGGUGAAGGUCAUGACGGAACACGACCUGCUGGCUGUGGCUUGUGAGCAGUUUCUGGGUAAAUCCGUCAUGGAGAUCAAAGCUGUGGUUCUGCAGACUUUGGAGGGACACCUGCGCUCCAUUCUCGGUACUUUGACUGUGGAGCAGAUCUAUCAGGACAGGGACCAGUUCGCUAAACUGGUGCGGGAGGUGGCGGCUCCAGACGUGGGCAGGAUGGGCAUCGAGAUCCUCAGCUUUACCAUCAAGGAUGUGUACGAUAAACUGGAUUACCUGAGCUCCCUCGGCAAGACGCAGACCGCUGCUGUCCAGAGGGAUGCAGACAUCGGUGUGGCUGAGGCAGAGAGGGAUGCUGGGAUACGGGAAGCAGAGUGCAAGAAGGAGAUGAUGGACGUCAAAUUCCAGGCUGACACCAAGAUGGCCGACUCCAAACGAGAGCUGGAGCUGCAGAAAGCUGCUUUCAACCAGGAAGUCAACACGAAGAAAGCGGAGGCCCAGCUGGCGUAUGAGCUGCAGGCGGCCAAGGAGCAGCAGAAGAUCCGCCUGGAGGAGAUCGAGAUCCAGGUGGUGCAGAGGAAGAAGGAGAUCACCAUCGAGGAGAAGGAGAUCGCCCGGACAGACAAGGAGCUCAUCGCGACUGUGAAGAGGCCCGCUGAGGCCGAGGCCUACAAGAUGCAGCAGCUGGCUGAGGGGCACAAGAUAAAGACGGUGCUGAUCGCCCAGGCCGAGGCGGAGAAGAUCAAGAAGAUCGGUGAGGCGCAGGCUUCCUCCAUCUCAGCCGUGGGGAAGGCGGAGGCUGAGAAGAUGAGACUGAAGGCGGAGGCCUACCAGCAGUACGGAGAGGCAGCUAAGACUGCGCUGGUGCUCGAGGCCCUGCCGAAGAUUGCUUCCAAGGUAGCAGCACCAUUAGGCAGGACCAACGAGAUAGUCAUCCUCAGCGGGGAGGGCAGCCGUGUGACGGGCGAGGUCAACCGCCUUCUGGCUGAACUUCCCGUGUCUGUCAACGCUCUCACUGGAGUGGACCUGUUGAAGAUGCCGCUGCUGCAGAAGAUGACCGGUGCUCAAGCCUGAAAUCUCCACAUGACUCCAGUAUCUGUUGUAUGCACUCUGAUAGACUGCCUUUAAUACACUUGAAGAAUUUUGUUGUUUUAUACGUAUAUACUGUAUACCAAGUGAAUUUUGGAAACCUCUGGUGCCUUACUUUAUACAGGACCAGAAUAUCUGCAUGCACUGCUGCUCAUUCAAAGAUGUUUUUUUUAUUUAGUUUGAAAACAGGAACAUUUUGGGUCACUUUGUGUUUUUAUUUUGUAUUUAAAUGAUUUAUAUAUAUUGGCCCAUUUGUAUGAAGCGUCACAGAAGAGGAGAGCUGAUAUCAGACGGGUGUGACGGUCGAGUCUCGCCCAGGUUAGAUUCAUGUCAUCAUGUGUCCUGACAGCUGAUGUUAGCAGCUGUUCUCUGGUGUUUCUACACUGGGGCCUCUCUCAACCGUCCGUGUGUUUCAGAUCUUUUUGUUGAUUUAAAAUACCUCUUUCUUUGGUUAGACACAUCUGCAUUCCCUAGAUAAUCUGAAUCUUGUUUUAAUUGUAGAGCUUUCUUUGUAUUGUACAUGUUGUAAUUUUUAACUAUCUAAUGUUAUUCAGGUUAUUUUGUCUCACUGGUUGAUUUUUACAAUGUGACAGGUGCUCACAAUCUUAAAGAAGCUCCUUUCAUUGAGUAAAUCUGAUCUGCUCAUCUGACAGAAGUUUCAUUCUCCACAAACUGUUGAUAUCAGGCAUGAAAUAUAUGAUUAUUGUUUAUUUUCUGGCAGGAAAACAGGAAGCAAAUUCUGAGCUUGUGCUAAUAUGGUUAGAGCUUGUAAUAUGGUAAUUUAAUAUUUAAUGUGGUUGUAAUGUAAAAUGGUACUAGUUUUGGCCUCGAUUGAGUUUUUAAAAAUCUGGUGGUGUUUAACAAACAAAAAAAAUGAUAGAAAGACGAGAAGAAGGAUCUGAUGGGCAAAAUGUAAAAAAACAACCGGCUUGGAUUUGUGUGAAAUAUGUUAAUAUUGUGGGCAAAGCUUCAUGUGAAUAGAUUCUGACAAUGAAAAGCCAAACAGUGAUGCCAAAUAGAAUAGAUUGUCUUUUAUUUUGUAUUGUAUCAGAAGGAUACUGCAUAGUUUAUCUGAGGUUUAAUUUAAUACUACAAAUAUCUGUAGAUGCUAAGCCAUGUUUGACAGCAUGUCAACAAACCAAACUUUUACACAUUUUUCAGAGAAACGCGCUUUCUGUUGGGUGUACGUCCGUGUUGAUUUGUUUCCAUAAGUGUGAUGUCUUAGCAGAGAUCUUUAACUUAUCAAAUGUUUGACCUGUUUUAAAGGAACUGUUCACUGAAAAUGAAAAUGUACCGUAGUCAUAAUCUGCUCAACACCAUGCUGAUGGAGAGUCAGGUGAAGUUUCGUAGUCCACAAAACAUUUCUCGAGCUUCACAGAAAAAGUGUUGGAGCAUUCUCCUUAACAACUAAAGCAGGCAACUUGUUUUAAAACGUAAAAAAAACAACUGAAAACAUAAAAUGCCUCCAUACAGCUCGACCCAACUGAUGUAAUCUACACUCCAGACAGUUUGACCAGUACAAUGCAAGUCUACAGAAACCCAGAGAUUGAUGUGAAACGAUAUUUACACCCUUGUCGUGCAGUCAAGCUUGUCCACCCCCUUUAGUUAAGCAGCAUUUAGUGGAGAUUUGGUGUUAAAAAAAAAAAAAAAACAUCUUUGGGAAUCAAAUUGGGAUCUCGGGGCUUCGAUACGUACGUACAUACGAGCUGUAUGGAGUCAUUUUGGUUCCCAUCUAGUUCAGUUGUUCAGAAGGCUGCAAUGCUGUUUUGCUGUGAAGCUCCAGAAAUGUUUUAUGGACUACAAAACUUCAGCGAUAAUAACAUUUAUUUUGUGGGGUGGAGUUGUCCUUUAAUCAGUGAUAUUGCUGUUUGUAAAUAGUCACAAUGUUUUGUUGUUUUGGGGUCUGAUGCACCAAAUUUUAAACUCCAGUGCAGCAGUUCACUCUGACGCACCAUUACCUGUCAGAGGUUUUUUGGAAAACAUUUGCAGAUAUGGAAUAUUAUCCGGCAGAUCCGUCCUAUGAAAUGUAUCUCCUCCACGUAGACACUUCCAGAAGAACUAAGCUGAGUGAAUUCUGGCAGCCACAACCUGCUCGUCUCCUCUCGGUGCUGUAAAGAGCUGCACUCAUCCACAUUAAACUGAAUUAGUGUAACAGCCAUGUUUACUUUGAGCCUCAUUUCUCCAGCAGGUAAAACAACAAAUACAGAGGUAGUUUUAUUUAUGGCUGAAGAAACAACUGCUACGAGCAGACUGACACAGAAUUCACAGAGGACUGUUAUGAUUAUUGAUGUUGAUGAAGUUUUUUGUGCUUAUCCUGAGUUGAUUUAUGUUUUAGAGUAACAUGACAAAUGCUGUGACCAUACUGGUUUGUUAAGCUUCAGAUGUCCAGUGUAUAUAUGACAUGUUUGUGUUAUAUUCCUACUGUUAUUUACAACACGUACACUGUGUGUCUCAAACAGCCUUGAGUUCCUGUAUGCUCUUGCUGCAUGUCAUCCGUCUGUACUCAGAACAUCAGUUCACUCUUCGCUACUUGUCCUUCUAAUAAAUCCAAAUGCCAUCAUGUA